GGCAACCAUGGGUCCUGAGCACCUCAUCCAACAUGGCGGCGACCAGCAACCGGAGUUUGACAUAAGAUGGCGGCGGGUGGGAGCAGGCUGGUGAUGGGGUCCGCGGUAAGGCUUGGGCGCUGCUGCCUCAACGCUUGGAUGCCGGGGUUGGUUCCUGUACGUGGGUCUCGGUACAAUCCUUAUUACCUGGAACCUGAGAUAAACAAGGAGCGGCACCAGAUCCCAGGUCCUGAAAUUGGUCCGGAGGAGACUGCGGCUCUGGAGCUCAGGUCUACCCGACCCAUAAAGGCAGCACUAAGUAAUCAGAGCAGUAGUGUCUUUUCUGACUUUUUGAUUAGCAAGUUCACCAACAUGAUGAUGCAGCGAGGUCAGAAAUUACUGUCCAGAUCGAUCAUGAGCAAGACUUUUGAAUCAAUUAAACGGAAGCAAAUUGAAAGUUACCACAAAGCAUCAGAGUCUGAGAAAGAUGCCAUUGAGUGCAACCCAUACAAGAUCUUCCACCAAGCUUUAGAAAACUGUAAACCUGUCAUUGGGUUGACAAGCAUACAACGUGGUGGCAAAUCCUACCAGGUUCCAACACCUCUUACUGAUAAUCGUCGACGUUUCCUAGCUAUGAAAUGGUUAAUUACUGAAUGCCGUGAAAACCGGCACCGUCGCACUCACAUGUAUGAGAAAUUGUCACAGGAGUUGCUUGCUGCAUUUAACAAUGAGGGUAAUGUGGUCAAGAGGAAACAUGACCUUCACAAAAUGGCUGAAGCGAAUAGAGCUUUUGCCCAUUUUAGGUGGUGGUAAGGCUGCAUGAGGAAAUAAUUGAAUCUGGGAUUGUCUUCAUAUUAUUUCACUGCAGCAACUAUGUGAACAUUGUAAAAAUAAACCGUUCUUUGCUGAAAUUCUA